UCGGUACCUGCCUUGUGCCUGCUGACCAGUACGGAGCGGCACGUCCACUCGGCUGCGCACCAAACGUUCGAUUGACCAAUUUCAAAAGUUACAAUCAAACUCGAGUGCUACUUUCGUGUAAACAAACGUACAUGUUUUUUUGUUUUAUAUAUACUCGAACGAAAUCGGAGCUUCUUCUUUAACGCGCAGAAAAGUUACUGCCCCGUAACCUCGUGUGUCCUGCCCAACUUUUUAUAUUAUAUAUACGACGUUACGUUAUUAACUUGUAAUUAAGCAGUGACGAGAAUUGGUGUUUUGCGUAAAACUCGCGACUUUUUGAUUCUUCGGUAUCGGUGAGAAAGAAGUCUUACCUCGAGAAAAAUGACGAAGCCACUGCUGAUCGCUUUUGUUUUUUUAGCAGUUUUCGCGAGUCUGGGGGAAUCAACCAUUUACUGUUAUCGAUGCAACAGUAAUAAACCUGGUUGUGGAACUCCAUUCAAUUGGCUCUGGCACUGGGGUGAAACAUGUCCUGAAUACGAUGACAAGUGUGUAAAAGUUAUUGAAAGAAAAGGAGCUGAAACUGUCAUAACAAGAGAGUGUUUGAGUGCUCUUCGAGGAUUCAGAACAGAUAUUCCAGCCGAUAAGUACGAAGGAUGCAGACCAGCAGCCAAAGAUAUUAGGCUGGGUCACUACGUUAAUAACUCAAUUCAUCAAUUGGAUAUUCAUAGAGACUAUUACGAUGAAGUAACAUGGUGCUUCUGCUCUUUUGAUCAUCGGUGUAAUAGUGCAACAAGUACUACCUUGUCCGUAUUCCUUGUUGUGGCAGUUAUCGCAAGCAAAUUUUUUGCUUAAAAACUAAUGCUAAAUGAUUGAACUAAAUCCGUCCAUUAGACCAACCGUCCAUUCCAACUUUGUUUGGAAAUUAUUAUUAUAAUACAAGGUAAAUUACCGUCCACUAGUUGUAAGACUUGAUGUAAUGUAACUCAUUAUAUUUAGUAAUGAGGAACAGAUUUUUUGAUCAUUUUAUCAAAUGCAACAUUUAUGACACUUGAGAAGUAACUUUCUUCAGUACAAAUUUGUGUCAAGCGUAGAUGUUGCUACAUUUUUAUGCUGCUACCAAUGUCGAGUAUUAGGAAAUUGAUAAGUAAUAGACUAAAAGCUCUGUGAAAUCAUGAAUAAAUAAAAAUUUUGACAAUUUUAUUUAAA